AUGCCAGGCGCUUUCUACGACGAGCUCAGUUUCACCAACGGCCUUACACCCGUUGGCGUUGGCGUUCGACCUUCUGCAGCUCCCGUGCUCUAUGCCUUGGAGUACUUGUUCCGGAAAGAUGGCAUGGGGAAGGAGGUAGCGCUGAGCGUCUUCCACCAGGCGCGAAGUCUCGUCCUACACCUCACCGAGGUGCAGCAGUGCGCUGAAAAGGCUCAGGAGGUCAUCAAGCUCCUCAGCAGCCGGAAGCAGGACAAAGCCGCAGAGGCCAAGGCCGAUGCCAAGGCAAAGCCGCCCGCCCCGACGCCGCCAAAGGAAGCCCCGGACCUGCUCGACAUGUCGGCACCAGUCGCGGCCACGGCCCCUGCGGUGGCCUCCCCAGCUGCGAGCUUGGCAACGGUGGAUCUCCUGGGCGAACCAACAGUGACCUCGGUGACACCAGUUCCAGCGACGCCAUCGCCGGCCCCAAGCAUCCAAAACCUGCCCGCGCCGGCUGCUCCCCACGAAAAGCUUGCGAGCUCGGGAUGCGGGGGUGCGCUGGCGCCCUCCGAAGCGUUAGCCCUUGCUUUGUCCUCGGCGCCCAUGGCGGCCACCGCAACGUUGCCACAGGACCUGGACCUCCUGGCACCGGCUUCGCCGCCCAAAGGAAGGCCUUCGUCUGGCGAAGUUGGCAAUCUCUUUGCCACAGCGUCCACUUCCUCAGGAGGAGGCAUAGCGGCGAUGGGCGGUAUGGCUGGUCUAGCAGCCCCUGAUGUGAAGGUGAUGGCAAAGGCACAAGCUCCGCCACCAGCUCCUUUUGGCAGAGCUCAUUACCUCGGCGGCCCCCCUAUCGGUGGCAAGUUGGGCAACCCUUACAUGCCCAUCCCAUCAACGAUUGACCUUCCAUCCCAGCCUCCAGUGGACCAGUUUGCCUUCGUUUCUGACAUCACGGGCAUCGGUGACCUGGCUAAGCCGGCAAAGUAG